AUGCCUCCCCGUCCACCUCCCCUUCCUCGCCUCCCAAUACAACUUCGCCGGACCCUCCUCCUCCUCUACCAUCUCACCCUCACCAUCUUCUUCCUGCUUCUCGCCCUCACCAUCAUCUACGUCCCCAUCUCGGGCGUAUACAACCACCUGCAAAGCCUUCAAGCUUACAUCUCAUCCCCAAAGCGGGAUGAUCCAUUCUUAAGGCUCGUAGAAGGAAAGAGGCUGGAUGGUCGUAGUCUGCUGGAACGAGCACCGGAGGGAGAAGUGUACGGACAUGCCGAUUUCCAAGAUGGCCGGCGUCAGACUGUGCGUCCAGAGUUCCUCGAGCCCAAUAGCGAGGCCCUUGGAUGGGUCAAUGUCAACCUUGGAAACGGCGGUCCCGAGCCCAACUUGAGUGGUGGUAUGAUCCCGGCCAUCUCGACCCCUUUUGGUAUGACCCGCUGGACUCCGCAAACUCGAGCAAAUUACGUCUCGAUGUGUCCGUAUAAUCAAACAGACACCAAGCUACACGGUUUUAUCGCGACACAUCAGCCUGCUAUCUGGAUGGGCGAAUCGGCCCCUCUCGAAGUCUCCCCGAGCCUUGCAAACACGCCCAAAGUCCUCUUUGACGACCGCGCCCUCCCCUUCGACCGAUCAGACGAAUACGCCUCCCCAAAUUAUUACCGCAACCUCCUCAAGGACGAAGGGGGCCAUGUGGAGGCUGAACUUACCGCUUCUUCCCGGGUUGGACACAUGCGCUUCACAUUCCAAACAUUGUCCCCUUCCUCCUCCGCUUCUUCCUCGGCAAAAGUCGUACCCCGGAUCUUGAUUCAGCCAGCGAGGUCUACGUUCCUAGUCCACGGUGACAAGCCCGACGACCGCGUGCCCUAUCACCCCAAUGGCUUCAUCCGGGUAGAUUGGGACAAGGGGGAGGUAUGGGGCUGGGGCGAUGAGAGACAAGACCAUAUUCUCGUCGGCGACGACCUCCCAGCAAAAAACUUCAAAGGCUACUUUGUAGCCCAAUUCUCCCGCCCCUUCUCUCGCUUCGCCACGUCCAAAAACGGCACCAUCACAUACGACGAUGAACAGGCCGAGGGGGCGGUACUUGCGGGAUUUGUCGAGUUUGAAGGGGGCGAUGAGGAGGAUGAGAUGGUGGUGGAGAUGAAAGUGGGGAUCAGCUGGGUGAGCGUCGAGCAGGCGAGACGGAACAUCGAGCUCGAAUCCACCCCUUUCCCUGCGUCUCCAAAAGACUCAUCGACGUGGGCCGAACAUCUCAACAGGCUCUCCGUCUCGGGCGCGACUGGGUCAAACAAAACCGUGCUCUAUACCAGUCUCGCACACACUUUAGUCUACCCUUACGAAGUAUCCGAGAACACCACCUUCUUGACCCGCGCCAACUCUUCCUCCCCCACUUGGUCCGACGACACAGAGAAAGAAGAUGGCGAGAACACCGUAGCCUACUACUCUGGCUACUUGGACGCUCUAGCCAAAGGCGAGUCCUACUCAGGCUACUCCCUCUGGGACACUGCCCGCGCCCAGCAUCCCCUCCUCAUCCUCCUUGCACCCUCUCGUGUACCGGGGAUGAUCACCAGUAUGCUGCAAGAUUGGAAAGAAGGAGGUUGGAUGCCGAUGUGGAAGAAUGUCGUGGAGACAAAUAUCAUGGUUGGGACUUUUGCCGAUGCGGUGAUGGCUGGCGCAGUGUUAUCAGGGGUGAAGGGGUUCGAUUUGGACGAAGCGUGGGAGGCUGUCAAGAAGAAUGCUUUUACACCGCCGGAACGGGAUACCGAGCUCCAAUUUGGAGACCGCGAGGAAAAUACUCCGCAAGAAGUGCGCGCAGGCCUCACCGAGUAUACGAAAUUGGGCUAUGUAGCGGAUGAUCUUCAUACGGAAAGUGGGAGCAGGACUUUGGACUAUGCGUAUCUUGACCAUGCCGCCGCCCUACUCGCAUCCCACCCUUCCCUCUCCCACCUCAACCUCUCUUCCACCGCAUCUCUUCUUAACACUCGCUCGAAAAACUACAAGAGCCUGUGGAAUAACGGUACAAGUUUCAUGGAAGCUCGUAACAGCGAUGGGUCAUGGGCGGGAGACGAAAAUGGAUGGACCGAGGGCGACAAGUGGGCGUAUAGCUUGGACGUCAUGCACGAUGUCCCCGGUUUGGCAGAGCUGAUGGGUGGAAAUGCGUCCUUUGUCGACUUUAUGGACCGCCAUUUUGCUGGCGGGCAUAACUUGCACACGAACGAGCCCUCCCACCAUAUUCCAUACCUCUAUUCCCUUGCGUCUGCUCCCGACAAGUCCCAAUUCUGGCUUCACUCCCUCGCGUCAUCAGAAUACAAUCACACCGCCGCCGGUCUUUCUGGGAACGAAGAUUGUGGUCAAAUGUCUGCAUGGUACAUCUUUACCGCUUUAGGCUUCUACCCCGUCGAUCCUGCUUCGGCCACAUACGUCCUCGGCUCGCCUCUCUUCGACAAGAUUGUGCUACGAUUACCGACCGCGCCUUGGGAUGAAGAAGGAGGAGAAAGGGUUCUAGAGGUUGUCGCCGAUGGAGCCAGUAAAGGGAGGGUGUAUGUUAAGGGGCUGACGGUAGAGGGAGAAAGCUGGGAAGGGAUAGAGGUGGGCCAUGAUGUUGUGACGAAAGGCGGGAAAUGGGUCUGGGAGAUGGACGAUCGGCCGCAGAAGUGGGGUCGCCAGCCAUGA